ACUAUAAAAUUUCCUAGUGAUUUUCAGUAUCAGCUCCGAGCUGAGCUGCUUGCUGUACUGAUCGAGCCAAACAGUAGAUUGUCGAGAAAAAGCUAGAACCCAGAAAAUAAAAGGACAUAGCGCAGUAGGCUCAGCUCGGGACUGCGAUUUCAAAUAGUGCCACCAUUAUUCUCAGGUUGGGAGUGACAACAAGAGGAGAAACGUCUUAAGUUCUAGGUGGUCCAGCCGUUGGUCAUCUUGACCGGCACUACUUCUGUUAGUCUUCAAACUCGCCUCCUCCUGUUGUUUUAGUUUUUAAAUUUCAUUUUGGAAUUGUGGUGUGCACUUGUCGGUGUCUUUUGUGUUGUUUUGUGUACCGUGCCGUCAGUUGGUGUCGUGUUUUGUGCGUUGUCUGAUCCUAGUCGUGCAGGAAUCCCAUCGAAAUGGAUGAACUAAAUAAAGACCAGUUAGCACUGCUGAAAAAUGCCUUCGAUGCAUUCGAUCAAGAGAAGAAAGGCUACAUCGACACCACCAUGGUCGGGACCAUCUUAAGCAUGUUAGGACACCAGUUAGACGACAAAGUCCUAGCAGAAAUCAUAGCCGAGGUAGACGAGGAUGGCUCAGGACAAAUCGAAUUCGCGGAAUUCACAACACUGGCUGCCAGGUUCCUGGUUGAAGAGGAUGCAGAAGCGAUGCAGGCUGAACUGAAAGAGGCUUUCCGGCUGUACGACAAAGAAGGCAACGGGUACAUUACGACAGGAGUCCUUCGUGAAAUUCUACGGGAACUAGACGACAAGUUGACCAACGAAGAUCUGGACAUGAUGAUUGAGGAAAUUGAUUCAGAUGGAUCUGGGACAGUUGACUUUGACGAAUUCAUGGAGGUCAUGACUGGCGGCGAUGAUUAAGUAUCUAAAUGAUUUGCCUAUCUCAGCGAGAAGACAAAUGUUACCGAUUUAUCCGUACAUGCAACAAUUGAACUUAUCAUUAAUUUCGAGUCAACACCAAAAGUAUUCGUGCGAACACCGCACUAAGCCGUACUUCCACCUUCUCAAUAUCACUUAAUUUGGCGGCGGACACAUUCAAAACCAGAAAUCUCAGCGUAAAAUCAAACCACCAUUGACAUGAGAUAUUUUUCUACCUUUCAGAUACUAUCGAUAUGUCCAGUAUCUACGCAAUGUAAUUAAUAUCCGGGUACAUAAGUAAUGAUCUAAUUAUUGUAGAUAUCUAGUAAUGAAGCGGGAGAGCGCGAGAUCUUACAAUACCAAAUAUUUAUAUAAAGAUAAACAAGACACUAAGAAGUAAAUAAAACAGGACAAGAUAGCGACAAUAUUCGGAUUGUUUUUAAUCGAUUUUCAGUACACACGUCGAUGAGCCAAUUACAACAGAGACGUUAUGUUACACUUUUCACUUUUAAUUGACACAGCACGUCGAGUCAAUGCUAUUGUUAUUAUCUGAAUUUGUCUUCAGUUCUCCCCAUUUUGCCGGGAUUUUCUUUGUUUCCGUUUGCGCAUCCAAUGGUUGUAAUUCACUUUCGUUUCCGUUUAUUUUUACAAGCAAGAGGACAAACAACUGAGAAAGGCUUAAGAUAUAGUAGAAUUAAUACAAUCGUAAAUAUUUAUUUAUUUCGUACAUAAUAGAGACGGAGCCGACAUUUUAAUCUUCAUCAACUUUUUGAAAUAAAGUCAUGCUGUCAACUCUGGGA